CUUCGCAGUUUCCGAAUUCUUGUUUUUAUUUUCGUUUUCGGCCUCCGCGGGGACGCCCCAGGAGGAGCUUUGAGUGUCCGUUAAUGGAGUCCGCGCACGUAUAAAUACCCCCCAUCCAUCUCUUUCUCUCUCUCCCCCAAUUGCAUCCUCUCUCCUCGCUCUCCCCAUCUCCUCUUCCUUCGCCGCUGAUCCUCCUGUGAGGGGGCACAGCUCGCCGAGCGCCGACUCCGCUUCCGGCUCGGGUUUUGCGGCCUCUCCGUCGUCCGGAUCCGGGUUGGAAUUUCCAGGAACCUAGGGACAACAUCAUCAUCAUCAUCAUCAUGAAGGCUUUAAUUCUUGUUGGUGGAUUUGGGACUCGGCUGAGGCCUCUCACGCUUAGUGUCCCCAAGCCACUUGUUGACUUUGCUAACAAACCAAUGAUCCUGCAUCAGAUAGAGGCACUCAAGGCCAUUGGAGUGAAUGAAGUGGUUUUGGCUAUCAAUUACCAACCAGAGAUUAUGCUGAACUUCUUGAAAGGCUUUGAGGCCAAGCUUGGGAUUAAGAUCACAUGCUCACAAGAGACUGAGCCUCUCGGAACUGCUGGUCCUCUUGCUCUGGCAAGGGACAAGCUGCUGGAUGAUUCUGGUGAGCCGUUUUUUGUUCUCAACAGCGAUGUGAUAAGCGAGUACCCACUCAAAGAAAUGAUUCAAUUCCACAAAGCCCAUGGAGGAGAGGCCUCUAUAAUGGUAACAAAGGUGGAUGAGCCAUCAAAGUAUGGCGUGGUGAUCAUGGAAGAGUCAACUGGUCAAGUUGAGAAAUUUGUGGAAAAGCCAAAAAUCUUUGUUGGCAACAAAAUUAACGCUGGGAUAUACUUGCUGAACCCAUCGGUCCUUGAUCGGAUCCAGCUGAGGCCUACUUCCAUUGAGAAGGAAGUUUUCCCCAAGAUUGCGGCCGAGAAGCAGCUCUUCGCAAUGGUCUUACCUGGGUUCUGGAUGGACAUUGGACAGCCGAGGGAUUACAUCACAGGGCUGAGACUCUAUCUUGACUCGAUCAGAAAGAAGUCAUCAGAGAAAUUGGCAACUGGACCUCACAUUGUCGGCAACGUCUUGGUAGACGAGACCGCUAAGAUUGGUGAGGGGUGUCUAAUUGGUCCUGAUGUGGCAAUUGGUCCAGGCUGUGUGGUUGAAUCGGGAGUUAGAUUAUCUCGCUGCACAGUCAUGCGCGGAGUCCGCAUCAAGAAGCAUGCUUGCAUUUCUAGCAGCAUCAUAGGAUGGCACUCGACAGUUGGGCAGUGGGCUCGGGUGGAAAAUAUGACUAUAUUGGGGGAAGAUGUCCAUGUUGGAGAUGAAAUCUAUAGCAAUGGAGGCGUCGUCCUACCGCACAAGGAGAUCAAGUCUAGCAUUUUGAAACCAGAGAUCGUCAUGUGACAGUAAGAUUUUCAGGCAAGUAAAGUAGAGCAUAUGCUUAGGGUCUGUAUUCUAUCCAAGUUCAGACAUGGAAAAAGAACAGGAAUAAAAAAGAAAGGAAGGUGUUUUGUUCUUUUCUUUGUCGGUUCAUUUUUUUUUUUCCAUUUCCCUUUCUCUUGCCCAAGUGUGUUGGUCGCUUGCUUCAACUUGGGAAUGGAGUGAUAUUGGAAGUUCAUGUAUGUUGGAGAGUCAGUGUCUUGUGAAGUGUAAGAGCAUAAAUUUAUGAUUGGUGUGAGCUUUGUAAUCUCUAGAACAUGUAUAGAAAUAAAAGUUUAAUCAUGGGUUGGUCGCUCUGGCCUUUUGUGCCGAGCUGUGCAGGG